AUGGCGGAUCGAAAUCAGCCACCAAAUUGCACUUCCGAACUAACCGUUCACUGUGGUACAACUCGCGCCCAGUGGGAAGACGUCACCGGUUCCACUCCGCUGACCUUCGUCAACGACUGCGUGUCCUUCACCACCACUGUUUCCGCUCGCUUCUGGCUUAUGGACUGCCGAAACAUAGCCGAUGCCACCAAGAUGGCGACCGAACUGUACAAAGAAGCCAUACACGUUCCGUUUAUGGCCAAAUUUGUCGUUUUCGCCAAACGCACCGAUCCACUGGAGGCGCGGCUCCGCGUCUUCUGCAUGACAGACGACCGCGAAGACAAGACCCUAGAACAUCAGGAGCACUUUACCGAAGUCGCCAAAAGCCGUGACGUCGAAGUGCUGGAAGACAAACCGCAGUUCAUCGAGCUGGCCGGCAACCUGAUACCGAUCACCAAAUCCGGCGAACAGCUCAGUCUAGCGUUCAAGGCCUUCCGAGAAAACAGACUGCCCUUCGCGGUUCGCGUUAAAGACCAGCAUGCCGACAUCGUUGGCCGAACGCUCUUUAUGCGCGAACCUAAGAUCGCCAAGGGUGAACCACCCCAGCAACCGAUUUGCAUCCUCAACAUCGUACUGCCGGAAACCAUCAUUCCCGAUCAUACAACUACGAUAGAAGACUCCCAAGAAAUCCUCGUUCGCGUCGGAAGAACGUCUCGCGCUUCACCACGCGAUCAGAACUAUCUUGGCGAACUGCGCGUUGUCGACAUCUCCAACCUACUUGGCGAAGAUUGGGUCAAGCUGGCGCCGGAAAUCGGAAUAAGCGAAACCGACGUCGAAAACAUCAUCGCUCAAAACCCGACGAGUAGCGCCCAGCAGGCCCAAGCCAUGCUCAAACAGUUCCAAUCCAAAGCCAAGAACGACUUCAACAUCCUGGAAAAUGGACUGCGAACGAUCCAUCGAGACGACAUCGUCGAUCGGUGUUUAAGAACCUCAACUACCACAACCACAACCGUCACCAUGCGAAACAAAACUGCCUUCUCGAUUAGCAAACGAAGUCACGACGUAGACAUCAUUGCAGAAUCCGACUCCAUUGCGAAGUUGGUACAAAAAGAUGAUAACCAAUACGCCAAAGAGGAGUCGAGCAAGUACUCCGUCGAAGAGAAACGCGUCGAGGAAUCGGAAGAAUCCGAAGAGGAAACCAUCAAGAAAACGGUGGCCGAGCGAAGGAAACAGAUCGAAAAACGCCUGUCGGCUGACCGGUCGAUCCCCGCAUCAAUGCAGAAGAAGGAGAUCGUCGAAGAAAUCAUCACCAUAAAACGAUCCAGCAUGAUUGACGAUACCCGGGCGAAGCACGAGGAAGAAAUUCUUAUGCAAAAACCAAUCGACAACUCGUACAAAUCAACCGUGAUACCAGAACCGGUGGUGAAGCUGAAAACCACUCAUCUCAAAGACGGUUCCAGCGUACCGAAAGACGAAUUCGACAAAGAACUUCAGGACAAGUUCAAAUCAACCCUCAAGAACGUUGAGGAGUUCGAGCACAAGUCACAGAUCCUCGCAGCGGAAAAAGUAGACACCUCCGCCAAGAUAGUAGACGAAAUCGCGAAGAAAGACGCACCUGAAUUCACACCCAAACACGACGAACCAAAACCAAGCGACGACGUUCCGAAGCCUAAGCCAGCGCCAGAGGAACCCAAACCAAAAGAAGACCAAAAGAAACCCGACGAUGGCGAUGACGGUGAUGACCAUCAAGACAAACCACCCGUCCCGAAGGAGCGGGCUCCAGUCCCAACAAAACGGAUCAGCAUCACACAGGAAGACGACACCUCGGAUUCCAGCGGAGUGGUGAGCGAAUCCAUCAAAAACGUUCAAGAGAAGAUCAGCUCGUUCGUAACCAAGUCCAGCGAUUCAAGCAAACGCACUUCAUGGGCCGCUAAAGAGUCCUCUUCAAGCGGAUCGAAACAAUGGUCCGAAGAGCAAGAAAUUCUGUCGCAAAAAGCACAAUUUGAAGCCACGGAAGCCGCCCUUGGUCAAUGGACAGAAGAGGACGAGAUUCUCGCGCAGCAGAAGCAGUUCGAACGAUUGGCCGAACAGCAACCGACUGAAACACUGGAGAAGAAAAUCGAGGAAGCGGCUGAAAAGAAAGAACUGUGGUCAGAGGAGCAACAGAUCCUCGCUCAGAAAGUUCAGCUGGAGAAAAUGGAAGAAGCUGUCGAAGCUAAGCUUGGCAGGUGGGCUGAAGAAGAAAUCCACGAAAUGGAAGCCUAUAAGCACGAAAUUGAACAUGUAGCGGAAGAACAAAUUAAACACCAGAAAGAGUUGAUCGAAGAAAAAUUCGAGAAACUGGAGGAGGAAUUCCUGACAAAGGUAGCAGAGGAGAAGAAGGGUUUGUUCCAGCAGUUUGAGCAGACAAUAGUUGGUUUGAAAGACAUAAAGAGCGAAGGACAUACCACAGUAGAACAGGUGGAACAACAGUUCCAGGAGAAGAAAUCUGAAGUGUUCAGUAAGGUUGAGGAGAAAGUCACCAGUGUUACAUCGAAAGCGGAAUCAUUUGCGGAGAGCUUCAAAACUGACGCUAAGCGGAUUGAAGGACUGUCCGAUGGUAUCCGCCAGGAAGUCCAAGAGUUUUCAGCACAAAGCUCCGAAACAAAGAGCUUCGUAGAUCAGAAGAUCGAUACAACAAGGAAAGAGAUCCGUGAUUCCGAAGUGGUUUCAGAAACUAAGGAAUCAACUCAGCAGAGCAACGCAGCGGUCGACAGAGUAGCAGAAGCUGUAGCUAAAGAAACUGUGUUCAGCUCUAAACAAGAACUUCCCAGCGUUCAAGAAGCAUUUACCAAGGAAAGCUUUGCUAGCGUGCGUGAAGAAGUGAUCAGUAAAGAUUUGACCGGCACGUUGAAAGAAAGUGCAGAGAAAACAACAACUGAAGUCGAAACCGGCCUUCGCCUGGGUGCUGAAGUUAUAGCGGAGAAGGUUUCCGAAAUUGGAGAAGAAUUCCGAAGAACGGAGGAAACUCCCGCUGUCAAGCCGGACGAGAAACCAUCAAUCGUAGAAACCGUUAAGAAAACAGUUACUCAGGAGGUAACUUCGAAAAUUCCUGUGCUAGCAAAGCGUGCAUCACCUGACGAGCCAGCAAAGCCGAAAGAAGAACCUAAAGCAGAGAAAGCUCCAGAACCGACCAAGGAAGGAGUUAGGGAAUCAGUUGUUGAAGCUGCUCAGGCUGUCGUUAAGCAGGUAGAGGCAGCAGUUUCAAAAAUCCCUCGGUUCCAUGAGAGCACAAAGCCUGCCGCACAUCACGCAGAAGCAACGACCAUCAAAUCACCAGAACCCGAGGUGACCACCUCCAAAAUCCCUAUUCUGAGUAACCGCAGGGUUUCGGAACAGUUUUCGAGCGACUCCUGCGAGACCGUAAUCGCGCAAAAGACACUCUACGAUCAGGACUCAUUUAUGAAAUCGGACAGCGAUGAAAAACCAUCAAAAUCCAGCCUCGUUGCAGAGGAACCAUGUGAGGAGAUAACCAGUCGGGAAGUGAAAGAGGUACUCAGCUUUACGACAAUCGACGAGACGGUGCUCAACGAAUUAAUCACCGAAAACGAACGGGCCGUUACGCCGGAUGAUUUCAUCGAUGAAAUUAUCGAAGAAGCCGAGGAUAAGGUCCAACGGAUGCAAGACAUCGAAAUCGCAGCCUACACGUUGGAUCUAAGCAAAUCCGAAGACGAUAUUCAGGAAAAAUCUCCUCACCCGAUUCCGGAGUACGUCACUGGGCGAUACGAACACGAAUAUGAAGAUCAAGAUGAAGAGCACGAAAAGUGGCAAGACGACGCCCACUCGCUGGUACCGGACAAUGCCUCCACGACGGAUUUUGAGGCAUUCCGAGAGUACCACUGGCUGGACACUCCGGAUUCGACGACCGCAGCGCAAACCAAGCUAACCAAGAGCGCUGCCCAUACACAACCGUCCACUGCUCAGGGCAUAGUAUUAGCAUCGACCGAAGACUUGGACACACUGAGCCUUCAAUCACCCGAAGUCGUCGGUGAACGCCAACAACAAUCACAAAAGACCGAACAAGCUCAUGACAGUGACGAUUCGACACGGGCCACCAAGGCCCGAAAAGACUUCAACCUAGACCUGGACUCGACCACGACUACUCGUAGUAAACCAGAACGUAAGGCACACUUUGAGACGCACUCGAACCGUGGCACUUCUCCGAUGACGGACAUUGUUGAAUCACCGGACAGUGUUCAUCACUACGCUCGUGGUGAAUCACCGGCAAUCAAACUUGUCAUCGGACGGAAGGAAAUCAAAACCUCCGAUACGUCGGCCAUCACGGAAAGUCGAUUAACCGUCUACGGGCACAAAGAUGUUGAAAUAUCAAUAAGCUCGCAAUCAACCAUCAGUCUGACCACGACGACCACCUCGAAAGACGGUCGGGAAGUCAGCUCUGAAGUGAUCAGCACUGGAAGCACUGGACGGGACUCCACUACAACUAAACGCUACAAGCAAUUCAAAUUGAUAGACGAUGAACAGGACUCGGAACGAAUGGAACGCAAACGGGACGAUACAGUUUCGUUCUCAAAGAAGAAAAGCGUCUAUCUCUUCGGUAGCUUCGACUCAAGCAGCGAGUCGCCUAUAACCGAAGCCAGUGGAUCAGGUCACGUAACGGACACAGGCAUUUCCCUAACAAGAGGCUUCACCGAAACCAUGACAUCUCCAGGCAUUGUGUCUUCUUCCGAAGAGAAGAACAAGAAAAUUAGCAUCGUGACCGACACCGCCGUCGAUGUGGAGAUCGAAGAGCUCGAACUCACCGACGCUGGCCUUAGCCCAAUACAACCAGAUGAAACUGACAUCACAGCCGACUUCCAAAUAGCGGAAGAAGACGUACAGUAUGCACACACCGGAACUAGCCCCGUAGACUUCGAAGAACAAUCCGUAUCCGCUGCUCUAGACACAUCCGAGGCUGCAACCCUCACCGAUCGUGUAGAAACCAAAGACGCGUCCAAUAGUCCGCUGGAUGCACACAUCACUUCCAUUCUUAAGCGGGAUCUUACUAAAAUGACCGACGAAGAGCUACUAACAGGACGCCGCGGAUCAGGCGACGUCAAGGCGAAGAUCAAAAUCUUAGAGCAAAACCAAAAAAUUCACAGCGCCCAAAGCUCCCCCAAGAAGAAGGUCGAAUUUGAAGACCACCAAAUCAAGCAGGGUGAUAUCCAAGACUCACCGAAAAAGCAAAAAUUUGCAUCCGCAAAAAUCAGCGAACUGAAGAAAAUAUUCGGCGAAGAACAACAACCUGAGGAGUCCAACAUUAUGUCUGAAUCAAUACCGCCGAUCCACGAAGUAAUCAAACAGCUGGAACAACGCAUUGCCGUUGAGCAAAUCGACAAAAAGGUUUUGGACCAAGUGGACGCCUCGGCCAUCCGCACUCUUCCCCCUCCCGCCCCUAAAAAAGAAACACUAACCGACCGAGACAUAGUAGACCUGGAAGCACAAAUAAUUCCUGCCGAAAAGGUCACACCAACCAAAGCCAGCCUUCUCGAUCAAACCGAAGAAGACAUCAAAAUAACCAAACUGGUGCAUGGAGUUCAACAGCUUGGCCUACAUGAAAAGCACCAGCGAGACUUGCUCGAACAACAGAAACAAAUCGAGAUCGCUACGCAGCUUGAAGAACCAGUUUGUGAAAAGAUCGUUUGCAAGAAAUACGUUCCCGGAUUGACCGAGGACAUAAUCGAAGAAUUCGAACAAAAACGAGCCAACGAUUUGAUCAAGAUGUUCGAAAGUAAACAGACCGGAUCGACGGAAUCUCCUCCCAGAAGUCCAAAACUUACACGGACCAGAACAGAAGAUGGUCUCAAAGCGGCCGUUCUUUCUGCAGUCGAAGUCGAGAAAACCAUUCACAGCCAUGCCAUUGUGACCAAAUCGGAAGAAACGCAGCAAGAGCGUCAGGUCAUCGAAUUGGAGAAAUUAGAAUCGGAAACUCGAUCGGUUGGAAAAUUGUACAUCAAGUCGCAAAAACUAUCCAUCGAGGAACAGUCCUACGAAGAAGCAGAAAGUGAACAACUGAACGGAUUCAAUCCACAGGAAAACGAAUGGUCGUACAACAAGAAGAAAAACACAAACAAGACGCAGAUAGAUCUGACAAAAUACACAUUAGAAGAAAACGACAAGCACAAAAGAUAUCACCAGAAGACGAAUUAG